AUGGAUCCCACAGACAAAAAGAACAACUUCACAACCAGCACUACCAAGCUCCGCCACCACCCCAGCAACCCCCUGCCAGAUCCCACCACCACUCCCCCUUCUUCUAUCCAAAGCAUAUCCAAUCAGUUUUCCAAACUUUAUGCAAAUCACAAAAAACUAGCUUCCUUAAAAACCUUUGGUCGGCAUUCAAAACCUCACUCACAUUCACACCCUCAAGUUGACUCAAAUUCCCAAGCCAAAUCUCUGGAUAUUUCCUCUGUUUUGGACAUUUCAUGUGCCACUUUGACCAAGUCAAACAGCCAGCAUCAAAGAAAUAAUUUGGCAGUGGCUCAGAAAAAGAAGAAAGAGCUGGGCACAAGAACCAAGAUUAAAGAGAAGAACAAUACAUAUGAAAUCAAGAAAUCAUCAUCCAAGAAAUCUUAUGAAGAAUAUGAUGUGAAAAAGGCAGCUAAUUUGAUGUCAAGAAGUGCUGAAGGUGAACAAAUUAAGAAAUUGCAACAAGGGUCUGAAAUUCCAAGGCAGUUUAUCACAAUGGAUGGGAGGAGGAGGAGGUCAUUUUGUAGUUCACAGGCUGAAUUGGCUGAUUUCUUCUCUUGCAGUGGUGUGAAAGUUGUGUCUGUUGAUAUGCCACCAUUUAUGCAGAUUCAUGCUGUGGAUUCUGCAAGAAAAACUCAUGAUAGCUUGGAAAAAUUCACUUCCAAGACCCUUGCUUUGACACUAAAAAAGGAAUUUGAUGGGGUAUAUGGACCAGCUUGGCACUGUAUAGUAGGGACCAGUUUUGGGUCUUUUGUAACACAUUCAGUGGGUGGGUUCAUGUAUUUCUCUAUGGAUAACAAGCUACAUGUCCUCUUGUUCAAGACAACUGUACACAAAGCACAUUGA